AUGGCGAAACCGCCUCCUCUUCCUCCUCCCUCAUCCUCGUCGUCGUCGCCUCCCGCGCCCCCGCUCCCCUUCGACCGCUCUCAGAAUGAACCAGUGCGUAUCUAUCCUCCAGAAAGCGGUCGCAGGAGUUCUCUUGCUGCGCUGCAGUCGCUACAGAACCGGAACGUGGCCGUCCUGGGGUUCCUCAGUACGAGCUCCUCGUCUCCUUCGCGCGCCUUUGCGUUUGCCAACCGCGUCAUUGGCCGCUACGUCUUCCGAGAUGAAGAAAUGGCAAUUUCGACCACUGUGAAGAACGAGCGACUGCCUGCUACCAUCCACUUGUUCUACGACGACGAGGCCCGAUGCAUUUACCUGCUGGGGGUAUCACGACCAGCAAGUUUGAGCUUCCGUCCACGUAGAACUACGACGCUAAACAGCAGCAAGAACAAGCCGCUCUUGGGUCAUAGACCGAAAACCGCUGAGAGGGACGCUAUAGAGCAGACGCAGGUGAAGGAGGGACAGCGAAUACGUGCUGAAGUGCGCGCUUUCGAGCACGAGAAGCUCAAGAUGCAAGCCUUACUUUACUCUAGCUGCCACAUGUUGAUUGUGAUGAACGAAACCGCAAGAAUGACGACGAAUGCAUUGAAAGAAGUUCGCGCAUUGGCUGCGGAGAAGUCGCAGCUGCUGAGCCUCGUUCCAACGACGACCAAGCACUCGAAACGCACCAGUGGCCACGUGAAAGGUCCGUCAAGUGGAACAGCAGGAAAUGCAUUUGCACCUGGUCGGUGCGUGCCGUUAGUAGUGCACGUCGUUCCAGCACCAGACGCGAUUUUGUCCGCCUCGAUCAAAACACAAGGGUCUGGGUCCUCCCGCUCGGCCACAGUAUCGUACUGUAAAGCACUUGAGGCGCGCUUGACAGCUCUGUUUCGUUCCUUGCGGGGCAGCACGGUUGGUUCGCUGCGCAUGCGUGAUGCGCUGAGUGUAGCAAACCUGAGCAAGGAACGACGGGUGUUCAACUUGGACCCGACACACUGCGUGGUAGUGGUGUCUCAACGAACAGCCACGGCCGAUGGACGCGCAGAAGCGCAACUUGGGAAUCUAUUGGAUGUGCUGGACUCGGGCAUCAGUGUCGAUGACAUCCUGAAGGACGUUUCGCUACUUCAGCCCCUAGCGGAUGACGACAUGGGGUUCCAGCAGCUCAAUCAGUACGUGCAAAAGUAUCUCCAUCUUCUUUUCUCGUUCUCGUCUAGUGGCAACAAGGACAGUUGUGGACGAACUGAGCUGCUGAGUCCUCUGCAGUGGGUAAAGGCCUUCCACGGAUUGGUCAAGGGCUACAUCCGCAUGGACUCGAAGCGACUGCAAGAAGCAGCGGCACUAGAAGCUACUGAAAGCAGGGAAGUGACAAAUUAUAAGACCUCACCAUUGUUAGCACCGUACUAG